UCAUUCAGCCCACAGGCUGCAUAAAAAAAAGAAUAUAGCAUAUACACCCACCAAGGACCAGUGACCUGGUACAUCAUUGACAUUGACUGGUACAUCAUACCCGGAUGAUUGACAGCAGGAUUGCUUUUUCAAGCAUCGGGAGAAGAUGCUCCCCAUUUGCCUUCCACGGCCUUCUCAGGCAGUCCAGUGCCAUUGGGGAACCUGAGAAUGCAGCCAGUGGUUCUGCCAGCUGACCAUAGAGCUGAUUGGAAACCGGAAUGACGCCAAUCAUCUCUAUAGUCUAAGAAAUCGGAAGCUACAAGCAU